UUGAACGAGGGGGGAAGUAGGGAUUGUCUGGUCCCUGGCAGCAACGGCGGUGGUGCCAUUAGACGUGAUCGAGGACGUAGGCAUUACAGUCGGCCUAACCCGUGCACAGCCGCCUUUAAUGGAGCCACAUUUAACGGCCAGGUGGUUGUGUACUCUGGGCUGGUGAUAAGGCCUUCGUCCUCGUCGCGGCGCAACCGUCGAGGUAUCCGGAAAACCCCACGUAGUAAACAUAAGUGACAUUUAUAAAUAUUAGAAACAUUUUCUUUUCUACAUUUAAUUUGAUUGAUGUUUUAGGCUGUUACCAGUGUGGGGUCGAUGGCCACCUCGCCAGGAACUGCUCGGCAUCAGGUCCGUUGGCAACUCAUUGUGGCAGUCCUACACCAAGUCCUGCUGGGGUGUCUCAGGUAUUGAUGUCACUGAACGAUCAUUCGGAGUGGACGAGUGAUUGUUUAGAGCGACGACGGAGACAGCAACAUCUGGGACACCGAAUGGGUCGACAACAGACUUGACGACCAUUGUGACCCAUCUGGAUAUUAACAAUCAGACGAGAAAUCCAGAUGGGGCAGACAAUCCACAACAGAAAGCUAGACGGAGGACAGUGAUCAAAAUGAUUUGUCUAUAAGGAAAAUCACACGCUAGCAAACAAAUUUAAAAUUUGGACAUUAGUGAUCAAAAUGAUAAGCUCAGAGAGUUAACGGAAAAAAAUAAGCAAAAAGAUGAACGAAUCACAUCACUUAAAGAACAAAUUAAAGCACUGGCUCAAAAAGUAUCAAACUUACAAUUAGAAAACCCUGUUUUGAGCCUUAACAAUGAAGAGUUUUAAGUGAUUCAUUGGGUUUAACAAAUUGGAUUCUAUUAUUGACCAAUUAAGUUUGUUAAAAUUAGGCAAUAAUGAGAAAAAAAACGUGAAUAUUGCAACAAACAACGCCGAAAAAAUUGAGUAAUGCUAAUUAUGCCUGUACUCGAAUUGCACCCAAAUUUAGUUGUUUGAGAGGGUACCUCAAGUCACACAUAUCACUCACAGUAUUUUCGAAAUUUGUAUUAAUUGUCCCGCUCUGGAAACGAGAUCGAACCAAGGUUAUACCAACAAAGUUGAUCAAUUUAGAUAAAUAAAUGUUUUUAUUUUUACUUUUUUUAAAGUGACUUAUAAAAAUAGUUUUUUAAAGACCUAUGUGAUUUAGUACUUGUUUUGCGAUGACUCGUUCUGGGCCGGAUUGCACUGCACCGACGGGGCGUCCGGUGUUCAGACAAUGGGAAAUACGACGCUAUAGAAAUCACAAUAAAGAUUAUUAUAGCUUAUGCACACUGCUCAAUUUGUAUUAAUUGUCCCGGUCUGGAAUCGAGGUCAAACGGAUAUACCAACAAAGGGAACCCGUUGAUAAAUUGAAGGGUCGAUGAAUACUAGCGUUUCUCGCAGGAUGGAUUAAUAAACGGCAAUAAUAGCCGGGACGACUUCGCCUGUCAAACAAUUAUUACUAGAGGGGUCGGCUGAGGUUUGUAUCACACGCCAGUUUUGGCAACCGUCAUUCGAUCACGAAGGUUUUACUCGUUCGGUCGCGAAUUUCUUUUGCACAUUUUUAGUGAAUUUCCCAUCAUAAAAACAGUUUCGUUUGUGUGUAUUCGACAACGUCAUCAUGUUCAAAAUCUAUAUUGUCUUAUCGGUUGCACUGCUAUUGCUUUCGUUGGACAUUGGUACCGCCACGGGUGGAUCUGGGCUUCAACACGAAUAUACUCACGACGACCAUGUUUAUGCCGUGCUAUCAGCAAACGUUGUCAACUUUACCAUCGUCGAUAACAACCAAUACGUCGAAAUUACAUUGUUAGUAGAAGGCGUAGGUCUCACGAAAGAUGUAAUGGUGCGUACGACUUCAGCUUUUAAGGGGCGUGGAUCAUUAUGCUUCACAGAUCAACAAUAUAAGUAUGCCGACUCCGAGAGAAACUCGUUUAAAAUAUUGCAAGCUAAUGGUACACGAAUGUAUUUAACCAACAAGUUGAAGAUCGAUGAAAAUGUCGUGGAAGGAAAGUUGUUCCUGUGCCUUAACAGACCACGGUUAUCGACCAGAAAUUCGUCACAUGGUCGUUGGGUACAUCAGGGUGAUUUUGGUUGGAUCGUCUGGCCUGUACCACCGAUGUAUCUGUUUAGUAGAUAUGCAUACGAAGUCACUGAACCUGCAAGUGAAUCUAACUCAUUUGAGACAACAACAAGCGACUAUGGAAAAAAAUACAAACAUCGCGGUAACAAGUUACAUUUUUUAAAUGACACGGCUUGGUCCUAUACAAAAAUGAACCGGACGAACACUUUAGUCACCGCUAAUGGCCUCAGGUGCAAAUUCCUCGUCAAAGCCGUUAAAAAGCCAAACUUAUUGGACGACUACAGCAAGUCGGAGCCCUCAAACCUUCAGCGUGAUACAGUUUAUUUAUGUGAGCACUAGUCGGCCGUAGCGGAUAAAUACAGAAAAAGCAAUAAUAGAU